CCUUGGACCAUGCUCGCCGCUGCGAGACAGGAGAUAUCCCCUCCCUCCACCCUCGCUCCUGCUUCAAAUAGAGCCCGCCGCCUCGGCUCGGCCCAGCUCGGCCUGGCCGUCCGCCCCGAGUUUUACAUUUUUUCUUGCCCCUUUCGCGGCGGCUGAUUUCACCUGCUUGCGACUGCCUGUCUGGCCCCUGUUGUCUUGGUCGUCUCGUCCUUCUUGGAGACCCACCGCUUCCGCCUGCUCUCCCAGUCCAGCGCCGCUGUUUGCCCACCAUGAAGCUCUCGUCUUGGCUUCUCGUCGCCUUCUAUGCCCUCGUGUGCUCCCCGCAGACCGACGCUGCAGUCAUCGCCCACACCCCGGACUAUUGGAUCGUCGGCACCAAUACCUCGAUUAUCGUGGAGAAUGUCAUCGGCUCGCUUGUGGAUAUGUUUCUCUUUGAGGUCACAAUGCAAGGCGCUUCGAAUAAUAUCGUGCUGAACUGCACAAGUCUAACGAACACAAAGCCACUCAUCACCCUCAAUGCCCCUUGCAAUCAAACGAGCACGAGCUGCAACUACACCGUCAGCUGCUUUCCCCUUCCGCCGACAGCCGGGACUGCCAAUCUCACCAUCAUACACAAUCCCUGUCAAGUCAUAGGGAACAGUGGCAUAGGAUGCGUCGGUGGUGGCUCGAUGUUCGCGCCAAUGACGGUCACCAUCCUCGAUCCCAUCAACGGCCUGACCUCGGUUCCCACCAGCUGGUCCUCGGCCACUCCUGGCCCGAUUGCACCCACCCCCUCGCCGGGCGCCGACGAUCCGCUGACACAGCCGGGCUCGUCGUCCAAUAUGACCCUCAUCAUCGCCAUCGUCGGCUCCAUCGGCGCGGCCGUUGUGUUCUUUGCCCUCUUUGGGCUGUGGUGGUUUCGGUACCGAGUGCCGAAUCCACAAGCUCGCAACCCGUUUACGACGCAACGGGGCAUCCGAGGCUCGGGAUACCGAGUCCAAGUCGACCAGCCUGGUGGCUCCGCGGCCGCCGCAGGGGAUCUGCCCCACAACAAGAUUGCUAUGAACGACCUGGCAAAGUCCUCGCCCAUCCGAUCUGUACCCGAUUCGUCUGCAUACCACAUUGCCGAUUACCCACUGUCAACCACUGCUGCUGGCCCCGGCGCUGCUGCAGGUGCCGCUCGUCCUGCAGCCUAUCCACCGCAAUCGAAAACCUAUCCACCUCAGUCGACAACCUAUCCACCGCAAUCGACGGCCUAUCCGCCUGCGUCCAACGCCCCCGCCGGCGCAUUCGAGAGACAGCCGCCCCAGCCGCAGCCAUUGCAGAUGGGUCGCAUCGCCAAGGACAGCGCCUUUGGGUCAAACUACGAUCCGGCAGCGCUGGCUAGCUCCCACAGCAUGUCCUAUGCCUUUACGAGUGGACCGGUCCCGACUCAGUCAGCACCGACUCAGUCCCCGAGCGGUAACCCGGCUUCGGUGCGAUACAUUCCACCGCCGGUCGCUGCCGAGACUCCGGCCGGACCUGCUGGCUACGGCCCCUCGCCCGUCCACCCUGGUCAUGCACAACAACCUCUCGGGCCCCGCUCUGAGAAGGCCGCGCUGACCAUCUACCGCCCCGACGGUUCUGCCGGAUCAAGCACUUCUCGCAUGGCAGACUCCCCAGCCGGAGCACCGCAGCCCUUUGCUGUCUACUCGCACCAAAUGAGCCCAAAUACCAGCCAGCCAAACUUUGUCCAGAGUCAGCCCAAUCCCGUCGAUGAUCUGCCGGCGUACCGGCCUCCAUCAUACGCCCUGUACCCUUCUCCCAAGUAAUACCGCUUGAGUCAACAUUGGAUUCCCCCCCCCUCUCUUCACUUUCUAUGUUCAAAUCUGUCAA